AUUUUGGCCGUAGCGGACUCAGCAGUGCCUUUAGUUCCCUACGUUGUUACAAACUGUCUUCGGGAGAUCUAGUAGAGGUUAGCUGACGGUUCCAGAGAUAUUUAUCUACCCCACAAAACCUGCAGCCAUGAGAGGUCCGCGGCCUGCGGGGGGAUGACAUGCAUGUGUCCAGGCAAUUAACAUCAUUGAGGAUUUUAAGACUAGUAGGCUGCCCUCCGCCAAGCCAUGAUGGACAUUCUGGACCUGUCCCGGCAGACCGCGAGUCUCCGAUGACGCGGAGCGAGACGUCCCCCAGCCGCGCCCAGCACCCCUCCCCCACACAGAAACCCAACACCUGCUGCUUCUGCUGGUGCUGCUGCUGUAGCUGCUCAUGUCUCACUGUUAGGAGUGAAGAUGACAAGCGCGGGCGGAGGAAAGCCCAGGAGACAAAGCUGGAGCCCUUUCCAUGGGAAACAUGUCCCAAACCGACGAUGGAGGAGAUUAAACAGUGGGCGCAGUCUUUCGAUAAGCUGAUGAAAAACCCAGCGGGACGGAACAAGUUUCGUGAGUUCCUGCGGACGGAGUACAGCGAGGAGAACAUGCUUUUCUGGCUGGCCUGUGAGGACCUGAAGAAUGAGAUCAACAAAAGUGCCAUCGAGGAGAAGGCGCGUAUGAUCUAUGAAGACUACAUCUCCAUCCUCUCGCCCAAAGAGGUGAGUCUGGACUCUCGCGUGAGGGAAGUGAUCAACAGGAGGAUGCAGGAUCCCACCCCUCACAUAUUUGAGGACGCACAGCUGCAGAUCUACACCCUCAUGCACAGAGACUCCUACCCACGAUUCCUCAAUUCCUCCGUCUACAGAUCACUGGUGCAGGGGGGCUCGCGCUCCUCAUCUGAGUCAUAGACCCCCGACCUCUUUCUCUCGCUCUCUUUCUACACAUUUCUCUCCAUUGCACAACCACUCAAGGAGAAAGUGCUCCUUUUUUGUGUCGUCAUGGAUUAUAAGCAUUCUUUUCUUUGCUUGUUGAGGGAAUCCCUCAAUUCUUAUGAGCCUACACAGACUAAAACUGGAAGACACAGGGUUGUAAUGCAGUUUCAUUUCAUUACCCCCCCACCCCCACAUCAUUCCAAGCAUAUGUGCCAGCAGCAUCAACUACUGAUUUUCACAGCCAUCUUUUUUUUUCUCACGCAAACAUGCUUCUUUUUUCUUCUGGUAUCUCUAGUUGAAGAGAGCUGAGAGGGCCUCUGCAAUAACAUACACUGGGGUGGCCUGACCAAUCAACUCCUCUCUCCUCGCACCUCUGUGGUCUGAUUGGCUCAGUGAGACGAUUGGCUGUAUCAUAAAAGAAAGGGAUAGCACUUUUUCUGACUAGUUACACACAUGCAUCUACAUUUAUUCCUUUAGCAUACAGGUGUCAAACUCGGUUCCUGGAGAGCCGCAGCUCUGCACCCUUUAGUUCCAAUCCGAAUUAAACACACCUGAUCAAACGAAUUAGUCCUUUAGGCUUGUUUAUACUUCUGUGUCGAGUGAACGGCUUGACCCAUGGCACCUGCCUUGCGCGUAGUCGUGCAUUGAUACGCUGUUUGUGUUGCUCUGCAAUAACACUUCUGAAACGCUAGCUGUUUUUAUGUUCCUCUGUGUCAAGUUUCUUCGCGGGUGUUAUGCUACAAGUAGACUAAAUUCGUUCAUUCAGAGGUGGGAACUGGCGGACGUGCAGCAACUUUAAUCAUAAGGUAAACCCAAAACAAAAGUCUCCUUCACGUGACUCGACACUUGUAAACAAAUCACUCCAUCGGGCUUGCGGCUCAAAGUGUAGCAGAGGCCAGCUAGUGAAGUGCCGUGCAGGUAAACCUCACUCCUCUGACCUCUAAAAGGUGCUCUAGCGACGGCCGCUAGAGGCCAUGGUCUUUAGCCUCGUUGUUAGAGCAACCAACUC